AACAUUCUAAGUGGAACUACUUAUGACACCUCAAGGAGAGACAGACUCUCACUAUGGUUAUUACCUCUUGAGCACUGACAAUACGGCUUGGUACUGUAUUUCCUUGGCAAACUGAGACAAGUAUUUUACACUGACGAGCUUUAAGAGAGCAAAAACCGAGUUGCGACCAACAGAACGUCCCUCCUCUGGAGUCCUCGGAGAACGACAACAUGGAUCUCCACCAGGAACAAAGAGAUAAGGGUAGCAACGUCAAUGCCAUGAAAAAGAGCCUACGGGCCAUCAAUCAACGGAUUAAGGCUCUCCACAAGCUCAAGAGACAGCUUAAGAGCUGUGAAAGUUUGGCGACUAUAUAUGAUAAAAUGAAGGCAGAGGAAAAGGUUGCAAACGAAAAAUGUAACUCCCUUCAAAAAGAAGUGACAGCGUUUCGUAACAAGGUCAAAGGUCAUAUCACUUUGAAAGCAAAGUACAGAGAUACGAAAGCGUCCAAAAAGGAGUUGGACCGUCACCGUCACGCUCUGCAACAAAAGUUUCAAGAGUUUAAGAUCUUAGUAGAUCACGAAACCUUGGACGACAGGAUUAAUACAUUGAAUGCAGCGAGUGAAGCUGCGAGACAAGAGCAUGUUGAGCUCCAAAAAGAAAUUCAGGACCUGCAGGAAAAACUCCAAAAUGAAACAGCUUUGGAAGAAAUGUCUGCUGCAAAGAAAAAGCAGGCUGAGGCACUGAGCCAGCAAAACGACGCCAUGCAAAAGGAAAUCCUGCAGCUCAAGGAGAGGCAUCAACAAGUCAAAGCUCUGGAUGAAUCCUACAAUGCUGCGAAAGCCGAGAGGGAGGCGAUUAGCCAGCAGAAUGAUGCUUUGCGACACGAGAUUCAGGAGAUCUACAAAGAGCUCCAGAAGGAAAAAGCUUUGCAUAAAAUGAACGAUGCAAUGAAAGUGUCAAAAGAGGACAUGAGCCGUCAAAAUGACGCCCUGCGGCAGGAACUCCAGGGUCUCAAGAAGGAGUACAAAGAUGAAAAGAUCUGGGGUGACCUGUGCAGGGAAAGGAUGGACCGCAUGGGCGAUUUGAAGAGAGAAAACAACAAUUUGCAACAGCAAAUCCAGGUAAUCACCAGACGGCUCCAGAUUCAAAAAACUUUAAAAGACAAAUAUGAAGAACUGGAAAGUGCGGAGAAAGUCCUGCUGGCACAAAGUAAAGUCCUGAUUAAAACACAUUCUGAGAUGUACAAGAAGCUUCUGAAUGAAGAAGACUGGAAGUACAAGUAUGACCUGUUAAAGGAGCAGACAGACGCCUUAAAGCAAAAAAUCAACAGAGUGACUGCAGAAAGUCAGGUUUUCAACGAGAACCUCGGAAAUCUGAGUGCUUUUAAGGCAAAUUAUAAGUCAGUGAAGGCAGAGAAAAAAGUUCUAAACAACCAAAACAACGCUCUGCAAAAAGAAGUUCAGGAGCUGGAGAAGAAGCGGUCAAAGGAACUAGCUUUGGAGGAGAAGAUUAAUGUGACAGAAGCAGAGAACGAAGCCCUGAGCCGAGACAACUGUGCUCUGCAACUCAAGAUUCAGGAGCUCCGCAACGCCCUCCAGGGUGAAAAAGUUUUGACCAUCAUUUAUGAUUCCCUGAAAGUGCAGAGAGACACCAUGAGCCGACAGAAUGACGCUGUUCGUAAAGAACUCCAGAAGCUUCACAACAAACUGAACAAAGAAAAAGCUCUGCAGGGGAAGUGUACGGCGAUGAAGGCGAAGAAAGAGUACAUCAGCAGACAACACGACGCCCUAAAAGAAGACAUCAGCUACUGAAGAUCUUCGGAAAGCUGAAAUGGGGCUUACUUUGACUACUCUUUAAUAAAAAGUUCAGUUAAUAAACUG